AAAUAUGUACAAACCUACUAGUCUACGGGGGUUGGUUUUGAUGUGUUGCGUUGCUGUUUGUCGUGUUGUGUGAUUCCACAGAUAUUUGAUGGUUUAUUUCUUUGCUGCGGUUAUCGAUUUCCUAUCUUUUAAGAUAUGCAGAAGGUAUCUGCGAGUUUUUAAAAAUUGGAGAAAUGUCUGAAAGCAAAAAGCUGUACAAAAUGUGAAUUCGGGUACAGAUCCAACCGAAAGUAAUGCUCAGGACAUGUCACUGAAGCUAUGAUUGACAAGCGCUACCUAUCGACCUACUUCUUCAUUGAUCUCAUUCCUAUAAUACCGUAUGGUUAUGUGUGGAGAGCCCACAGCGAUUUAACUGCACUUGAAUAUCAGGCAGGCGAGUUUUUUAUACUCUUGCGAAUCGUCCGUAUUUAUUCAGUUCAUCAAUACUUUAUGCAGGCUGCAGAGAGGUUUCGCUUCAGCAGCAUUGCGAAACGACUAUCGGAAUACGUGAAAUAUAAGCAGGUGCCUUUGGAGCUGGAGAAGCGCUUGGUGGAAUUCUAUAGAUACUGCUUCCGUCAAAACUUCUACAGGGAACCGGCCAUUCUCGAAUUCCUCUCAGGACAAUUGAGGCAGAAAACUAUCUUAUUUCAAACUUUAAAAUCUAUAAAUAAAACUAUCUUA